UCUGUCAUAAAUGAAGCGAAACGUCGAAUGGAAAGACUAGAAGCUAUUGCCGAAUGGCAGGAGACCAUAGAAGGUUGGGAGGGAUCGCCUGUAGUGGACACCUGCUCUGAACUUGUUAAAGAGGGAUCAUUGAUAAAGAUAUCAGCUGGUAAUAUGCAGGAGAGAGUUUUCUUUUUGUAUGAUGGACUACUCGUCUACUGCAAGAGGGCAGCAAGCUUCUCAUUAAGAACUAAAGCAGAGAAGACAUUAAUAUUCAAGGGAAGAAUACCAGUGGCUAAUAUUGAAGUUGAAAACAUUGAAGACGGAUCAGCUGACUGUCACACUUACGGCUACACUGUCAAGAACGGCUGGAAGAUGAGGAACUUAGCAAAGAACAAGUGGUUUGUGCUAAUAGCAAAGACACAUAGCGAGAAACAGGAAUGGAUAGAAGCAGUGAGAACACUGAAAGACAGAAUAAGAAAUGUUGCUGCUGGUAUAGCUCGUGAUACUAGGCUACUCAUGUUAGACAAAGGACGUAAGCUUCAUGAGUUGAUACACAAUAACUCUAAGAUACUGUACGAUCAUCGCUAUCGACUGAGAUCCUACCCUCACUCGUUCAGUGGGUGUGACUUCACACGUUGGCUAGUUAAGAUUGGAGAGGCGGGAGAUGAAAAGGAAGGAGUUAGGUUAGGACAGGCGCUACUGGAGAAUGGGAUUAUUCAUCACG